GGUUACCUAAAGUUUUGCUUGUGCUUCAUAGAUGAAGACUCUGACAGGUCAUUGACUAAAUAAAGGGGAGGAAAGACGUAAAGAAAGUGACAAUCUGACAGUGGUUUAGCCAUGCAGGGGCCAGUGCGAGUGGCAAUGCCAGUGGUCGGAUGGGUAGCGAACCGUUUUUAAUAGGCAGUCGCCAUAUUUGUUGUUAUCAUUAAAUGGGGGAGAUAGCAAAAACAUAAUAGCCCUUUCUUGUACGAACUAUUGAGUGAAAGUUUAGAGUGUAUGAUUUUUUCAGUAAUCCAAGUCGAUCCUCCAAGGGGGAUGAAUCAGUGAGUGUUUUCGUGCAAGGGGGCAGCUCUUUGUUUGAAACUGGCGACCGCUGGGGGUAAUAUAGCCGGUGGUGGCAAUGAUGAGCCGCCCGCGAUGCUCGAUUGGGGGGACCGUGAGGGUGACAGGUUCAGUUUCGAAGACUCUGACAGGUUCGAGGAAGAUUCUUUGUGCAGUUGGAGCUCGGAACCAGAAAGCCUUUGCAACAACUGGAGAGGAUGGAAGAAACCUUCUGCUACUUCUACCACCUAUUUUGGUGGCAGCAGGAGAUUUAGCGACCAUCCUCAGGUAGUACCAUCACUAGCGGAACUUUCAGCGAGAUGUGUGGCGUCUCAUAUUCCCUUCGAACUCGUGGAACACGUCUAUCCACCGGUACCGGAACAACUUCAACUUCGCAUUGCCUUUUGGAGUUUUCCCGACAACGAAGAAGAUAUUAGGCUGUAUUCUUGUUUGGCAAAUGGAUCGGCGGACGAGUUUUCCAGAGGUGAAACCUUGCACAAGACUCACAUGGUUAAAGAUCCUCUACAAAUAGGUUUCCAUUUAUCGGCGAGUGUUCUACAAAGUCCGAGGGGCAUUCAUAAUGUUGCAGUCACAUUUGACAGGAGACGAAUUUCUUCUUGUAACUGCACCUGCAACUCGACCGCGUAUUGGUGUUCCCACAUCGUUGCAGUUUGUCUCACUCGAAUACACUGGCCUCAGUUGGUUACUCUUCGUGCUCCAGUCUCCGAAUCGCUGUCCCGCCUUCAGCGCGAUCAGCUUCAAAAAUUCGCCCAGUACCUCAUCAGCGAACUUCCCCAGCAAAUUUUGCCCACUGCCCAGCGACUCCUCGACGAACUUUUGGGCUCUCAGCCGUCGGCCAUCAACUCGGUGUGCGGAGCACCUGACCCAACUGCGGGUGCGUCCGCCAACGACCAGACGUCUUGGUACUUAGAUGAGAAGACUCUUCAUGACAACAUCAAAAAGAUUCUGAUUAAGUUUUGUGUACCAGCACCUAUUGUUUUUAGCGAUGUCAACUAUCUGAGUACAGUUGCACCACCAGCAGCAGCAGAAUGGACGUCUCUUCUACGGCCACUGCGAGGGCGAGAACCCGAAGGAAUGUGGAACCUCCUUAGUAUUGUUCGGGAGAUGUUCAAACGAAAUGACCGGAACGCUAUUCCACUUCUGGAGAUUAUCACUGAAGAAUGUCUUGCCUGUGAGCAAAUCCUUAUUUGGUGGUUUAACACCAAGGUAGCACUGCUUAGUGGUAAUUCUGGUUAUGGAGGAACCGGGGGAGGAAAACACAACAACGUUAAUAGUAACACACAUGCUUCUCAACAUGCCUGUUCUUCGUUGUGUGAUGAAGUAGUUGUUCUUUGGAGAUUGGCAGCAUUGAACCCUGGUCUAGCUCCAACUGAAAGAGACAUGCUACACAAUCAGUUCACCACGUGGCAUUUGAAAAUUUUAGAAAAAGUAAGCAAGUGCCGUAACACCACGUCCAGUUCGCAGUCCCAUUACAGUAAAAAUUCUGCAAGUCUAAAGAUGGACUUGGAAGUAUUUACUGGAUUUAAACCAGCUAUAGAAGCUUGUUAUCUGGAUUGGGACGACUACCCGAUGCCUGGAAUAACGUAUACCCAGGAUAUAAAUCCAAUGUAUCACUGUCCCUUUACCUGUUUCAGACAUGGAGCUGACAGCAGUAGGGGAGAAAGUCAAGUUACUCAGGUAAAUUCCAGUAAAGCUGUUCUAAAUUGUGAACAUCCUCAUAUCCAUACGACACAUUCCCACCACCACCAUCAUCACCACCAUCACCAUCAUUCCCUCAUUAGAGUUACUGCAAGAUAUGAUUACGUGAACGUCAUGAGCAUGAAUCCUAUCGAAUUCACCCCACAUUCCCAACUUAACGAAAGAGAUGGCAAUCGAUCAAGCGUCAGUAGUGAAGGAUUUUGCGAGGUGGACGAUGAUAUGAACCUCCUUCAGGAAAACCGUUUUAACGAUUCCGACUCCCAAGAAGGCGGCGGAAGUGAUUCUUCGAGUAAUAGUAGUCAGGAUGGAAGAACACCGCCCACGGCGCAACAUUCUCUCUCCAGCGACAACGAUACUAGCAAAGAAAAUUAUAAACCAACACAAACAGUACCGAUUCCGAACACGUCUGUCUCGUGGACGCCCCAACCGCAACGGGUGUCAUCGAGAAGAGACUCUAAAGACGAUUCGACAUCUAGCUCCAACUCAGAUUCUCCGCAGUCUGGAGAUGAAUACAACAUGUACUUUUAUAACAGCAAAGACGUUGGUUUAUUAAAUACCAAUCCCCAAAAUAUCCCCAAACUGGAAGAAUCCGAAGAAAAAUCAGGAAUGUUUUCCAGUUUAAAAAAGUGCGACGAUCCUUGGGAUGUCUUAUUUGCUAGGGCGGAAGGAUUGCACGCACACGGGCAUAGUAGGGAGGCUUGCAUCUUGGGUGUCAAAUUGGCCGAAGAACUGUUGAUGAAUCCACCAGAUUUGAUGAUCGAAAUUCCUCCAUUUCCUAAGAAGAAAGGAAAGAAACAGCAAGUUAAUCCCGCUACCCAUCAGUUAAGCUGUUUGGCAUCUGGCACUCUAUCAAAAUGUGCCUUUUUGUGUUCUGUCCUAGCUGAAAACAGCGAACAUUUCCAUCUAGCCUUUCGAGUGGGCAUGUUCGGCCUAGAAAUGGCUCGACCUCCCGCUAGUACAAAACCAUUAGAAGUUAAACUAGCAAAUCAAGAAGCAGAUUUGGUUAAUUUGCUCAAAAGGAUUCCGCUAGGUCAUAAAGAACUUCAAAUCAUUAGAGAAAGGGCUGAGGAACUCAAAGAAGGUACACUGAGAUCAAGGGGAGAAGCCAUGUUACCGAUCAUGUUGGCCAGUUUCAUUUUCGACGCUCUAGUUAUUCCAAACAUUACUGGAAGAGAUAGAUCGAAACUUGUCAAUUUGAGAAUGAUGUCCGAUGAACCAUUAGGUUUUGAAGCUGCUGUUGCGGCUUUAGGUCUGAAGGCCAACGUUUCCGAAGCUGACCAUCCAUUGCUAUGUGAAGGCACGCGACGGCAACGUGGCGACCUCGCCAUUGCCCUUCUAAUGUUCUACAAAGACGAUUGUUGGAAGAUGGCUAGGAUAAUGGAUAGGCUCUUAGAUAAAGAAAUUCAUCAGUUAUUGAAAAUGCCUCUAACUAGUUCUUAUUACUCAAGCAAUCCUCCUACAAAGAGCCAGUAUUCGAACUUAAAACGAGAAGACUGUGAUAAAGUAGUUACACCUAUUAGCCCAUUUUUGCCGCCUACCGAAAUGAUACCUACAGAUAUGGCUUGUUGCAGUAGACCUCACAGUUCAACAAGCGCUGAACUAGAACAAGGCAUGAACAACCUGUCUGUAAAUCCCCAACAGGGAACGGUUCAACAAGGAGCCGUUACUAGAACGAAAGAUGGUCGUUACAAAGGCAAACGGGCGUAUCCCUCGAUUCCUAAUCAACCCUCCGAAGCGGGAGCCCAUUUUAUGUUCGAAUUGGCUAAAACAGUACUGAUCAAAGCCGGUGGAACAAGUAGUACCUCGUUAUUCACACAACCAUCUACGAGUCAAAAUCACCACGGACCACAUAGAGCUCUUCAUAUGUGUGCUUUUCAGUUAGGACUGUAUGCCUUAGGUUUACAUAAUUGCGUUAGUCCCAACUGGUUAAGCAGGACUUAUUCAUCGCAUGUUUCGUGGAUUACAGGACAAGCUAUGGAGAUAGGAGCAGCAGCAAUAUCAUUUUUAAUAGACACAUGGGAGGGCCAUUUGACUCCUCCAGAAGUCGCCAGUAUUGCAGAUCGAGCUUCCCGCGGUUGUGACGACAAUAUGGUUCGAGCAGCUGCAGAACUUGCAUUGUCCUGUCUCCCCCACGCGCACGCUCUUAAUCCCAACGAAAUUCAACGCGCUAUUUUACAAUGUAAAGAACAAAGCGACGAGAUGUUAGAACACGCAUGCCACACCGUCGAGAAUGCUGCUAAAGGAGGUGGUGUCUAUCCCGAAGUACUUUUCCAGGUAGCCAAGUACUGGUAUGAGCUAUAUGCAAGGAAUACUCCUGGUGGUGAUCAAUUAUUGGACAACGAAAUGCCUCAUGAUCCUGUUAUGGACUCGCAUGGUGCCCUGGUCGCCUUGAUUGAACCACCUGUGCAAACAGAUGUGCCUCCCCCAGCCCAACCCGUAGUUGUUACUACUGCUCCCCCGCCAUACACGCAUGCCGCUCCCCCCGUUGGAAUGUAUGUUAGCCAUUACAAUUUCGUUCCACAUCAUCCCCCCAUUGCUUACGGGGGCCCUCUACACCCCCUGCAUCCGCAGGCCCCACCGCCCACCCACGUGCAGAUGUACCAGUUUCCAUAUCCCCCACCAGCACCACAGCCUGCACCAGCGGCUGCGUUUACCCCGGUGCCUACGUCUUAUGCGACGAUACCGCCACCUCAACAGGCCGCCUUCACAAGUGCACCAUCGCAGUAUGCACAGGCUCCGCCUCCACCUACACCUGCCACAGCCGUUUUUGCUGCGCCGCCAGGACCACAGCAAGGAAUACAAGUCCAGGGUUCCCAGCCGCCUCCGGCACAGCAUGUACAGUAUUAUGGGCCUACGGUCACGAUUACGCAGUCGGUACAGGCCUUAAGGCCCGCUACACACAUGUAUGCAGCACCUCCUCCGGGUAUGCCUCCUCAUGUUCAACAAGCAAUGCCGAGACCCCACAGGCCUCACCAAUUUAAUCAAGCACAGAUGAGGUACUUAUUAACAGCUUACCGAGUUGGAAUGUUAGCUCUAGAAACUCUUGCUAGAAGGGUCCACGAUGACAGACCGCAAGCAAAGUAUGCCAGAAAUCCACCCUACGGGGAAGACGUAAAAUGGUUGUUGAGGAUUUCUAAGAACUUAGGAACUCAAUACCUUCACCACUUCUGCGUAUGUGCAGUUAACUCUAUAGUAAGUCCAUUCGUAUUACAUGAUGUAGCAAUCGAAGCUGCCCAGUAUCUCUCUCGAAACAAUCCAAGCCUCGUUAUGCAACAUCUACGCAAUGCGCUUACGCCACUUGUGCAGAAGUGCCAACAGAUGUACAUACAGUGUAUGCACCAGAAAUUGUAUCAUCUCACGUCUGCAGACUACGAAGAUUUUGUAAGUAUCGUGUGUGCGGCUAGGGCGGCGUUCCAAAUUACCCCUGACGGCUCUACACAAUUUAAGGAAUGGUUGCAGUCAAUAAGAAGGUCAAAAUCUUGCAAGAAGGACCUAUGGUCGCAAAUCAACACAGCCCUUCAGGCCAACAACAAAUGACAAAGGCCUGACGUAGGCCAAGCCUCUUCCUCCCACACUUACCACCGAGCAACGUCCGAAGCUUCAGAAGAACCGGAACUGUCCCAGCCGCCUCCCACUGCACCACUUCCUUUCAUUUGUAACUUACCCCAACCAGAGAUGGCGUUGGUGCAUCCGAUCUACAUAGCACACACUCCUUCGCACGCUAUCGUCACUCAAGAUUCUAUCGAAGAUCAGCCGCAGUGGUCUACGUCACCGAACAGUUGAUCGACGUACGAUGAUAGGAUCGUCUCAGAGACUGUCUACUUUGAAGAUAGACAGAAAUAUUACGAUAGUGAGAUUAUUUUCCAGGAAAGUGGGCAAGACUGCCAAUAUGACAGACGAACUGUCUAUACUAGGCAGUUCGUAGGAGACUUCUGAAAAGUUUGAGCUUUGCGUUGAUCGCAGAAGUAAACUAAAUUGAAAGGGUAGGAUUUUGUUUGUUUUUCGUUCAUUUUUGAUUCUUGACCUAUUUCAAUAAAGUCGGUUUACUUUUCAAAAUGGAGGAAGAACCUUUAUGUAGAUAGUAUUUCAAUUUUCGUCUUAAAAUUAAUAUAUACGAAAAAUUUGUUUCACUAUUUUAAAUCAGUUGUGAAGUUCCGAUGUUGAAUGAUUUUUAUUAGUAUUAAAUAAUAUUCUAUUGUUUUUUUUAGGAUGGUAAUUUCAUUUUUAGUUAAGUUCUUAUGUAUGUAAGUUUAUAGUUAUCUUAUGGGUGUAAAAAUACAAAAAUAUAAGUUGUUGCUUACUUGAAAUCACAUAUUGAUCAAGUCGUCACGAAGAAAGCGUUGUUUUUUUACAGGAGCUUCUGAGUAAUUUUGUCGUAAAAACGAAGUAUGCACAUAUUGAUAUGAUCACUGCCGAUGUGUUUGCUAGUGUGCUCUCUUCAGUAAUACCAACCUAAUGCCUAAUUUUCAGAGCUAGUUUUUUUCUUGAAAGGAAUAAUUUAAUACUUAAUUUUUUCUAUCCAUAGACUUGUUCAACUUCGGUUCAACCUGUCUUACAACUUAAAAUUGUUGACGGUUUUUAGAAUGUUUGUCUUACCAAUUUUAAUCCUCCAGUACAUGGGUAAGAUAAAAAAAGGGUUCUACUUUUUUGCAAAUGAGGUUGUUGAAAUUCGUUUAAACCAUAUUAAUAUCUGCCAUAUGUAAAUCUAGAAGAAAUUUUCUUCUUUUCUCAUAAAUAUCAAUAAAAAAUAAAAUUCCACUCUAAUAUUGUAACUGAAAAUAUAAAAUGUAUAAAAUAUUGAAAUUUCAGCUAUCUAUCAUUUGUAAAUUGCUGACUCUAUUAGUCGUUAUAAUGGGUAUAGUUGGAGCCGCCUAAAUUUAUCAAUACGUCAUCAGUUAAAGCAUCCAAUAAACUACGAUUAGAAAGUCACUCGAAGUCCUACUUUGGAGGGUAGCAUUGAAAAUUUCAAAUACGAUCUUGAUGAAAGUUCUUCAAGACUCUUCCAAUAAUCUACGGGAGCUAAACAACCAAUGAACACCUGAAAAAUUAUGAAAACUCUUCAUACAUAUACAGGGUGUCCCGAAAAUAGUGCGUUCGUUAAAGGUUUAGGUAGAAGGCACCAUGUAGAACAAAAAAGUCUUAUAACAUUUUUUUCUAAACUCGACCAUUUGGCCAAAAAACGAAAAUACAUUUUGGUAUGCAAAUUGAAAUCUGACAACUAUGUGUAAAAAAUCUAAAGAUAGACACAGUCACAAUUCAAAAAUAGUUGUCCCAUGGGCCUUUAGUAUUUACAUUAAACCCUGUCUACCUCCUCAACAAACAAACAAAUUCUUGUUUUGUUUGAUUUUCACACAUAGGGUGGUAUAACUAUUUUGCAGGUGUCUACUGUCUGACCUAAAUUGCUGGUGUCAAUAAUCUGUCACAAACAGUUCUUGUACAGUGAUGUCAGAUUAGUUAAUUUUAUGAUAAUAAAAGUUCGCUUAUAUGGAGAACAGUGUAUUUUUUUUGGAAACGGUUAACUUUAGAAAAAAAAUGAUAUAGGACUUUUUUGUUCUACAUUGUGUAUUAUAUCCAUACCUGAAAGGAACGCACUAGUUUCGGGGACACCCUGUAUAAUAGGUUGUUCAAUAAGAAAAACACAAUUUUAUGGUUUGAAAUACACUUUUUUAUUGAGUAUCGUCUCCCUGAACGUCAAUACACUUGUUGCAAGUGUACUUGACCGGCUUUCACAGAUGCCAUGACAAACGUUUUCGACGUUUGAUUUUUUUUAGGUAUUGAAACAGAUGGAAGUCGUUAGGGGCCAAAUCUGGUGACUAAGGUGGAUGCUCCAACAAUUCGAACUUUAAUUCAUAAAAUUGUCAAAAUGUUCGUAUGAAACGGUGCAUUUUCCUUAUGAAAAACCAUUUUUUUCUUCUGCAAGCUGAAUUCUUUUUCACGGUUUUCUUCCUUCAGCUGGUCUAAGGAAAUAUAAUAACGGCAAUUUGGAAAAUCCUCCAUUUUGGAAUACCAAUUUUUAACAAAUAUAAUUAUUUUUAAACUCAAAAAAAACAACGAUAAUUUACAGGAGUCCAUAUAAAUACAGUAAAUAUAAGCCGAAAUCAUAAUUUAAAUUUUAGUAAUAUAAAGGAUUUCCAAGUUACUUAAAUAAGGUAAAUUUGGCUGACCCUUCAGCAGAUUAUAAGCACACUUAACUUAUUGUAUGAGUACUAGCGAGUUUAUGAAUAAAAAGUUGAUCCUUUUAGAGGCAGGACAUGAUUAUGUUAUAUUUUGUUUUAACGCAGAUUUCCUCGAUUAAAUAAAGACGUCUAGAUUUAUCGAACAAUUGUUGUUUUUAUUUGUUAAGCUUAUGACUAAAUAAACAUUUUCUGUUAAUUCUAAUAGAAAUAAUACAUUUAGAAGUGUUUCAUUAUUUGUAUAUCGUUUGGAAAAUAAAUUUGUAACGCAUAUAAGUUA